AACAGAAUUUAGGCACUAAUUCAAAAUUGGCAUGUCUCGUUAUGCCGUUUUCUCCACUUGAUCUUUUGGACGAUGACCACUUCAAACGUAACCCAAAAGAUAACAACAGAGGAAAUGAGAAUUCCAGUCGUAAAGAAGUCAAAAAAGAGAAAGAUAAAGACCAAAUACUUACCUGUAAUUCAUUCAAAGAAGUUACACAGGAGAUGGGAGUAGAGUUCGAUCAGGUUUCAUGCGCACAGAUGCAUGUUGGACGCAAAAAUGAAGGGCUGAACAUGGUGGAAAAAGCUUCAAAAUUUGAAAUAAAUCCAUCGCCGGAAAAUUCUUUGAAUUCUAACUGGAGGUCUAUUCCAAACAGGUGGGGUGUAGAAACUUUAUAUUUACCCCAAGAUGAACUAAACAAGUCUGAAAACAAUCAAUCCGUUAGUGAUGAACCUUCUUAUCUGGAUUAUUCUAAAAUUGAUAUUGAUAGUACAAGAUCCAUAGAGACAAGACAAGAAACAAAUGAUAAUUUACAACCUAAUUUACCUCAUAAUACUAUCACUACUACUAGUGUUACACCGAGAAGUACUGCUAGUUCAAAGAAUAUGAUACAAGGUGAUAGUAAUACAACUGAUACUGUUGCUUAUAUUGAAGUUACAGAGAGUGAAAAAGAGAUGGUUAGACAAUCGACUGAAAUACCGCCUAUCGUGAAACCUGCAGUUCGAACCCGAAAACACAUUCCUAAUACAAGUCAAUCGAUUGCUUGCAGCAUCAACUUAAUCGAUAAAGAAGACAAAACACUCAUCAAUUCACCCGUAAUUACAUCGAAAGAAAAACAAAGUAUCAUACACAAUAAUAAACAAAUUGGUGAUGUCAUUUUAAAGUCCAUUCAUCACCAAAACACAACAUCGCCUAGAUUAUCAAUGAAGCGAUCAAAAAGUUCAUGUCAACUAUCUAAUCAAAAGAUGUCCGAUAAAAAUUUAGGUAAACCUUAUCAUAAAGGCGAUGAAUGCAUACUGAAUGCUGUUAUUCUACGUGAUCUUGCCUAUCAGUCUUGGUGUAAUCGAUUGGUUCAUAGUGCACGUGUUGAACGUUUGUCUAGCCUACGUAAUGAUGUCAGUGAAACGAAAAAGGAGAAAGAGAAAUUAGAAAGAAUGAAAUCAAAUGAAAUCUGCUUUAAAACAUGGAAGCAGAAUAAACAUCAACUUUUAAUUGAAACAAUGAAAAAGCGUAAAGCUGAAGAGUUGGCACAAAAGAAGAAACUUGAAGAAGAACAAGAACGAAGACGUAAUUCUGAAAAAGCAUUUGAAGUAUGGAAAGCACGUAAAGAUGAAGUGAUCAUUAAACAACACCGUGAACGUUUAAAUAAACAAAAGCAAGAGAAAGAAGUGAAAGAAAGUGAAGAAAAUGAAAAACAACAUUUAUCUCAACAGGCAUUUGAAAAUUGGAAAUCUAAAAAGGACACCGUGCUACAACAAAAUCUUAAAUGUAAGCUGAAACAUCAACUCGAAAAAGAAAAACAACAAGAAGAGGCUAACCGUAUUAAGCUGGAACAAGCGGCUGCUGCAUAUUAUCAGUGGGAAUUGAAAAAGUGGAACAUAGAGCUUCAGUAGCACAUCGCCAUUUCACUCUCUUCUCUGCAGUCUAUCCAACCUGGCUCCACGACUGCCCACAAACUUUCAUUUCUUCCUCACACCAUCUCCCCCAUGUCACCCUCGGCUCAGACGCCCAACUCAUCGUUUCUCCUUUGGGUUCCAUUCGACGACCUGGAGCGUGAUGUCCCCAAACCGUCUUCUCAAUGUAUGUCCAAUCCAAUCCAUCUCCACUUUCUUCUUCUGCAUAUUUGUUGAGAGAUAGGUUGUUGGUUGGUUUGUUGCCAGGUCAGGUUGCCUCUGUGGAGAAUCUUGCAAUAAGUAUUGACAAUUCAAGUAAACUGAACAGAAGACCAUGGAGACCUCCAUCAAAAAUAAUUUCACCAAUGAAUACAUACCGAAUGUAUUGAAGAUAAUCAUCUAAUACUUUGUCUUUUCUCUGUGUUUUCAUUUGAUUGAUAAGUAUUUAGAUGAUGUUUUGGCUGAAGGCAAUUUGUUUUCAUUUUUUUGUUUCAAUGAGCUAAACAUGAAGGUCAUUGUAACUUUAAAACUGAUUGACCUCUACAAAUAAGUGUGUAUUUCGUUUCAUUUUAUAUUUUCUUAUCUAAUUUUUGAGCAACAUUCACAUCGAUGUCUUCUCUUUGACCAUCUAUUCAUAAAACACCAAGGUCACAUCUCAAAAACCCAGAAUUUCAAGAUUGGUUUGUUUGAAGUCUACUUUUCACUUCUAAAAUUUCUGAAAGCAUUUACUUUUCGAAUAACUUCGUUGACAAAUCGAAAUAAGUGUAGAGUUUAUUUUAUUCAUCGGUAUCAAUUAAUUUUCUUCUUAAAAUGUACUUUCAGCUCUUAUCAUCGGAUUGUGAUUACCGGCUUAAAUAACAAUUUAUAAAGUAUUCUAGGUCGACAGUGAGGUCGAUGAUGCUGAUGUAUGUAAAAAUAAUACAUGUAUAAAGAAUA